UUUAGUGAUAAGAUGUCUGGUAAACACGUGCUUGAGCGAUUUUGAAGUUUGAAAAACAAAACAAAAUAUAAUAAAAUAUGUGAUUGUCGAACGUAGUAGAAUUUUGAGCUACUUAAAUUUUAAACCAACUGAUCAUUGUAGUGAAUUAAUUGUAUAUUUCAAACAUCAGAUUGAGCUGUUUUUCGAAAAUUAAAUUGAAAUUAAUUAUUUUAUUAUGUACAAUUCAAACGGUCAAUCAACAUAUUCACCAAAUGGGCCCCCCUAUCAACAACCAAAUUCAUCAAGACCUUUUCAACAACAACAACAGUUUGGUCCAAGAUUCCAAACACCUUCCCCGCAGUUUACACCUUCUCCACAGUUUACACCUUCCCCACAGUUUACACCUCCAAGACCUUUUUAUCCACCUCCACAACAGCAUCAUGACCACUCAAGAUUGCCAUACCAAGUGCCUGUACAACCCCAACAAUUUUAUCAGUCUAAUAACCCUAAUUUAAAUCAAACUCCAAAAUCAUCAUAUCAAUCUCCUAUCCAAAAUGUUGAAACAGCACCAAAUCCUCAAUAUCCUCCUCCUCCAACUGGGUCUGGUUUCAAUCAACUAUCAGUAUCUCCUUACAGAAUACAAGAACAAACACCUAUGCAAAAUUUUAAUCAUCCUCCCAUUCAAAAUUAUAAUCAAUCUCCUAUCCAAAACUAUAAUGAUCAUAUACCAAUGCAUAACUUAAGUCAGCCUCCACCUAUUCAAAAUUAUAACCCACCUGUUACACCUCCUUUUCAGCCUGUCACUCAAAAUUGUCAUCAACCUAUGACUUCCCCAUAUCAGUCACCUAAUCCAGGAUAUGGCCCUACACAAAAUAUUUCAUUUCAACCUCAAGUACAGAGUCCAGAUACAUUGAAGCAACCAUACCAAUUACCAGUAGAACAAUGUUAUCAACAGCAACAGUCAUUUAAUAUACCUAGGCAUGGGUUCAAUCAAAGGCCUCCUUUUAGGUCUCCAGGCCAUCAAAGAUUUUCUUUUAACCAUCAGAAGUCAAGAUAUCAGCAACCUCAACAAGGUAAUAAUACUAACAAUAGAUUUCAAUUUCAUCCAAGGCAGCAUUAUCAAAAUUAUCGUCCCAGAGGACCUCCUCCUAGUUUCAAUAACCAUUCAAAUAUGAAUGGCUCUAAUGUAUCUAAAAAAGAUAAACCACAAAUAGCUUGUGAGAUGGGAGAUUGUGAUUUUGUUGGACAUGCUGGUGCUAUAAGAGAACAUCAAAAUCUACAUCAUCGAUUGGGAUUGCAUAAGAAAGUGUUAUAUAGUAAUAACUCGGAUGCUGUUAAAAAUUGGAUAGAGGAAAGAAAAAAAAAAUGGCCAACAAAAGAAACCAUUCUAAUGAAAUCCGAAGUUGAGAAUGAAAAAAAAAAGAGAGGUGAACGUAUAUCAGAUGAAGAUUUCAAUAGGUUCAAUAAUAAUAAUAAAUCUAAUCGUUCUGGUGGGUCUAAACGGUUUAAUAACAGGAAACGACCUAGAUUUAAUGGUGAAUAUGUUGAACCUGUAGAAGAACCAAUGAAUGGAAAUUUAAAACGUUUUGCUGGAAUAGCUGAUUUAAUAAAAGAAGAAUUGGUCAAUGAUAUCAAUAAACCAGCUGCUUUAAAAUUGUUAGAAAGUUAUGAUGAAUCCAGUGAUAAUAAUCAAAGUGACGAUGAACCGCCUGAAGAAACUUCUAUUGUUAAAGAAUCAGUCCCUCUAGGCAAUACAAGUUUGACAAACUCUAAUGAUGAACUAUGUUCUACAUUAGAAACAGAAGACGUUUCUGAUAAAUACAGUGAAGUUCAAGAUUUCACUUCAUUAGUUAAAGAAAAACCUAAUGGUGAAUUGUGUUGUGCAUUAGAAACAGAAGAUGUUUUAGGUGAACACAGUGAAGUUCAGGAUUCUACUGCAUUAGAUAAAGAUGACAGUGAAGCUAUAAGUACAGAAGUGAAAACUGAAACUAGUUCUAAAGUAGAUGAGGAAUGUGAGAAAACGGGCAUUGAACGAGGCCAAAAGCGAAAAAAGUCUCAAAAAAAAGAACUUAAACCAAUAAAAAGAACACCACCUUUGAGAACACCAAGAACUGAAGUUGUGGAAAAGAAGAAUGCUCUUUUAGAAGCUUUGAUGGGAGAUUUAAUGCGUAAAGAACGAAAUACCAUCACUCAGUGUAUUUGUUAUAUCAGAAGAAAUAUGCAUCGGUUCUGUAAAAUUCAAUCUUCUUAAGUAUAAGCAAUUUUUUUUAUAUUUGAGUGUUGUAAUUUCAAUUAUUUGAAGCAACGCGGAAGUUUUAAAAUAAACAUG